GUGCAGCUAGAAGGAGAAUUCUCAAAGUUCUGUGUUGAAAACAUAAAAAUUAGCUUGUUAGCAGCUGCUUCUUGCUCAAGAUGUCCACUAAACAACAAAGUAUUUAGUUUACAAUUUGAUUCUACUGGCCAUAUAUAAGGCUAAUAAAAACGAUCGAGACAAUAGCAGGCCUCUGGACUGGGAACCUCUGCGCUGUUGACCUGGUUUUACACGGAACAGGCAAUGAGUGCCUUUGAUGAACUAAAACGCCUCAGCCCAAUCGAUGAACUGAAAUCUCCCACAGUCCACGUCAUCCGUGAGGUAUAUGAAGGAGAGAAUGCACACGAAACGUUCGAAUUGGAACUGGAUAAGGCUUUGUAUGCCAAGGCAGACUACAUUAUUAUUGAACCGUCAAGGCUGGGCGAGGAAACGGGACGGUGGAUUGCAGUUGGAAAUUGUCUGCACAAGACGGCACUCCUCAGCGGCGUGGCCUCAGUGGCAGCCGGAUUAAUUUGGCGCGAUCGGUUAGUGUUUUGCACCCCACUUUGUGCAGUGUCUAUUUUCUGCACCGGUUUGUACACAAUUUCUUGGUCAUACGAUCCUUGCGUCCAGUAUCAAGUUGAGAAAAAUCCAAAAAGCCUGUCGAAAGUACCGAAUGUAAAUGAUUUUUCUUCACCCAUUGUGUUAGUGUAUACCAGUAAUAAGUGCGUCAAAUAUAGCCACCGAAUUAUAACCCUCUUGGCAAGCUCAUAUUGUGUCUGGCGCAUUUAUCAGCUUUUGAAAUAACUGGUCCCCGAUAUGGACGAUACAUCAGUACAGAAGAGCGGCUUUUAUCGAAAGUGGCAACAUAUGUCCGGUUUUUGGGUUUAAAUUGCAUGUACAUGUACUAAAUUGAUAAUUUUUGUUUCAAUGAAUUUAUUAGAAUGUAUUUUUAUACUGCAGAGGGAAUAAAUUUCAAGGUUGGGUUAUGAAUCCUAGUGGAAAGACAGAGAACGAUAGAAAAAUGUAUGAAAAAUUUUAAAUUCCCAACCUUCUAAAGGAGCAAGCUUCUAUCCUGUGUUAAAAGUAAACACCACGAUGGUCUUUGGACUAGCUUUAGUAGUAAAACUACACAAUCAAGGAAUUAUUUCGGUCAUUUUAGUUUAACAUGCCGUAUUUUAAUAACAAAUUUUUCAUGGAAGAAAUCUCAAAUAUUCAAAAGUGGAAGUACGAACCUGUGAUUGAACGACCGUCAGCGAAUGCGCAGUCAUUGAUUUGAAUAAAAUAAAAUUCCUCGGGUUAGUGUUCUCGCCAUUUGGAGUGAGUGGUGAAAAAAGGCAGACAUCAAUUUGGUAUUACUUAGACUUUCUUUUGAAACCCAGUAUUUAAAGGGCCAGUACACUUCCCGUUUCAAAACUGACUACCUAUGCAAUUAAGCUGAUAUCAUAUUGAUAUCGAUUGUGAUUAAGGUAAAUCGCUGAAUAAUUUCCAUUUUUGUUGAUAAGCUUGAAACGCGAAGAAUGAGGACAAUCAAACUGACUCGUUAGCGCGGAUUUAAAUUUGUUGUGUUUCUGUUUGUGUAUUGUUUUCAGUUCACUGGAAGUUUUUGAUACGUCGAAAUCAGGAAAAACGUGAUAUUAGAGAGCAGAAUGGCGAAGCCAAAACAAACUAUCUUACCUUUCCAGAAAGCCUGCCGGGAUAUAUUAAACGAAAUGCAUUUAAUAAAAGUGGAAAAAAGAUGAAAAGUUGUAGCCGAAAAAUUUAGUUGCACAAGUUUAAAGAAAAAUGUGUUUUUUUUUGUUUUGCUCAAAGUUGAACUUUUUCAGUUGUCUCUUCUGUUUUAGGGAAACUAAGGUAUUCUCAUAUAAAGACAUCAGUAACAUGAGUAUAAGUUCUAAGUUAGAGUCAGUCAUACGCUUACGCGGGCUAAGCCGAAACGGCAAACGGAGAAUAUCUUCUACACUGUAGUAGUAUUAUGUUUCAUUAUAUGAACAGCAAAACGUUGCAUGAGGUUACUCGUUCAGAGCCGUGUAAAAAGUAAAAUAAUCAGUCAAA